AUGCGGUUCUGGUGGCUAACUCUGUCCAGCCUUACCAUUCAGGGCAUUCGCGUUCAGGACAGCGACAGUCUGCAGCGCUUGUUGGGGAGUUGCGUGCAACCUUGGCUCCCAGAUGAGACCGCUUGUUCCGCCCGAAGCAUCAGAGAGAUGCCGACCCUUCUUGACGAGGCAGUGUACACAGUGGAGUAUGCCAGUCAUCCAAUCAGCAGCAACGGCCUCAAGUCCUUGUCCGAGCUCCUCUCCUUCACCCACUCUGCCUUGGUCAUCACAGAGGCAUGGCAGGUCUUCUCCGCCGAGCAAACCCAGCCCUCCGCAUUGCUCUUCGAGUACUUCGCGCGAGACUUUGGUCCCAAGGCAAUCCUUCCAGCUUCCAUCUCGGAUGGAGGCAUCCCGAUUUGGGAGAACCAGGCCGUAGUGGGCUGGCGCGUGGCUGCAGACAAAGGGGAGUGGCUGCAAGGUGCAAAUAGGACCACCGUAGGCACGGCCACUGGAAAGAUCUUGAACCAGUGGUUCAGGGAGGUGGUCUUGUGGGGGAAAAGGCAUCCGGGCUACAACCUCUUCAAUCUAUGGGAUUCCACGGAUGCGGUGACACGGAAAUCGUACAUGGGAGACAGUGUCUGCCACUCUUUCACGGAGUGGAGCUUGGUAGACCUCUUCCGGCUUGGGGCCGACUUUGCGAUUCAGCAUCCCCUGUGCCGGAACUACUUCUCUUUCAUCACGAACGACAGCCCGAGGAAGCUCAACAUGACGACUCCGGCCGACUCCCAGACCGUCCUGGAGUUCUACAAGAGGCUCGAGCCCCUGACCUCCCGGAGCUUUCACGACCUCCCCGAGUUUUCCUCGAACCUUCUGAGCGCGGUGAGGGGGGAGAUCUCGCAGAGCCCCGGCGAAGUCGUCCUCUUCCAGCGGGGUCUGGAGGACUCCGGGGCCGGGGAGUACUUCCGUGCUGAUCUGGUGAAGCCUUAUUUCGGAGUGAAGCCGAGUCAGCUGGCUCAAAGAAUGAUCUUGCCGUGGCAAAACAUCCCGGCGAACAUCGAGGGCGAAUGUGCAUACGGUGGAAGCCCAAAGCGCCUGGGCCAAGGCCGCCUUGAGACGGAUGACCUGAGUCGCCGUCAAGACGACUGGGAGCGGGAAAUCGAAACCCUGGACCAGAAGGAGAUGGAGCUGCACCAGUCGCAGUUGCGGCUGAUCCGCGAGCAGACAGCCAUGUUCAUUCGAGACCUCUCUGUUCUACAGGGGGAGGUGACCGCCCUGAAGGAGGGAUUGAGUGGCUCCCUGGCGCCACAUUCCCCGCUGCAAAACGAUUUCAAAGAGCAGAAGGCAAAGCUGCUAUCCCAGGAGCAGCUCACCCUGUCCCUUCAGAAGCGUGUCGACUUUUUGGAGAGGUUGCUGGGCGAGUCCGUCGAUCGGCAUGCGCAGGAGAUCUUUAAGGCAAAGACGGCUCAUGCAAAGCUGGCGGGAGAAGCGAAAGCUCGAGAGGCGCAUCAUGCCUCCGUGGCAGAUCGGCUUGGCUACAUUGAGCAACUGGUGGGUGACUCCUUCGACAAGCAUUCCAAAGAGAUCCAGACGUCGCAUUCCCGAUUGGAGAGCCUGCACAGCCGCCUUACGGCUUGCGAAUCACAGGCCAACCAGGAUUCACUACGGGAUCGCGUGGAUUUCCUGGAGAAGUUGCUGGGAGAGUCUUCGCAGAAGCACGCCGAG